UCUCCGGUUGAAAGCCUGCGCCUGGGAGUGACCCGGCUCAAUAUGCUGCGAGCGAUGCAUACCAACCUCACAGUUCUAGGCUACGGUGAGGAAGACACGCAUGAGGAGGCCCAAUCGGCAUUUACAAUACAGGGGCCUGCCUCCCCGUCGAGUCAAUCCUACCCACAGAGGCAGCUCCCGCCAGCAUUGGAGCCAACGGCCAUUCAGCGCCGCGUGCCGCACCAUCCAUGGCUGGAUCUGUUUCCUUUCCCCCACCUGCGCGAUGCUCUAAUUCUGGCGCAGGACUGCAUCGAUGAGGAUCAGCUAUGUCACGAUAUGUGUGGUCGUGAUUUGGAGGCGACGGGGAUUCUGGUGUGGACGGAUCCGUGGGACCCCAUGGGAUGGGAAGUCACCGAGGCCUUUCUGUCUGUAUGGGGUUGGACGGUUCGUGAUUGCCAUGACCUUCUCCGAUCAACCAAUCUGUGGAGAGUCCGCCGGGGAGAGAAGCGGUUA